AUGGAUUCUGGAGUGCACGUUCUCCUGUUCCCUUGGCCACGGCAGGGACUCAUCAACCCCAUGCUCCAUUUCGCCACCGCCCUCGUCGACUCCGGCAUCCACGUCACCUUCCUCCACACCGAGCACAACCUCCGGCUCAUCACCAGGACGCCUCCGCCGCGGCUACGUUUGCUUUCUGUCCCCGACGGUCUUCCCGACGACCAUCCCCGCACCUCCAUGGAGCUGCUGGAAUCUAUGUGCACGACUGGCAGCGCCGCGUACCGUGCCCUGCUCUUGUCGCUACGGUCUGCUGCCGCUACGCCGGUGACAUGCGUUGUCGCCGAUUGCUUGAUGCCGUUCGCCAUCGAGAUCGCCGAGGAGCUCGGCAUCCCGGCGCUCGCCUUCGGCCCGUUCAGCGCAUUUAGCCACCUGGCCAUGCUGGCCGUGCCCAAGCUCGUCGAGCAAGGCCAGAUCCCCUCCCGGGCAGAUGAUCCAGUGAGCGGCGUUCUGGGGAUGGACGGCUUCCUCCGGCCACGAGAUCUUCCCCGUGGACACAGUGCUACUGAACAAGGCCACGUGGAUCCCAUGGUGCUCAAGUAUGCCGAGGUCAUCGCUCGUAGCUGCAAGGCACGUGCGCUGAUACUCAACACCGCCGCGUCCAUGGAGCGGCCAGCGGUCGCCCACAUCGCGUCGCGCACACGCGACGUCUUCACCAUAGGCCCGCUCCACGCCAGGUCGACGUCGGCUGCCGGCGCAAGCCUGUGGCGCGAGGACAACGGGUGCAUGGCGUGGCUGGAUGGCCACGAGGACCGGUCCGUCGUGUAUGUGAGCCUGGGAAGCCUCGCCGUGAUCUCGCAAGAUCAGUUCACCGAGUUCCUCUCCGGCCUCACGGUCACCGGCUACGCUUUCCUCUUUGUGCUCCGGCCUGGCAUGGUCCAGGUGACUAGCUCAACGCUCUUCCAAGAAGCCGUCGGGGCAGCGGAAGCCGGUAAGGCCCGAAUCGUGGAGUGGGCACCUCAGCUGGAUGUGUUGCGGCACCCAGCGGUGGGCUGCUUUCUCACACACGCCGGUUGGAACUCGACGCUUGAGUGCGCCGCCGAGGGCGUGCCGAUGGUGUGCUGGCCCGUUUUCCUCGACCAGCAGACCAACAGCCGCGUCGUCGGCGCCGUGUGGAAGACGGGGCUGGACAUGAAGGACGUGUGCGACAGGGCCAUCGUGGAGAGGAUGGUGAAGGAGGCCAUGGUGUCCGGGGAGAUCAGGGCAGCGGCCCAAACGAUGGCACAGCAGUUGAGGCUUGACAUCGCCGAGGGCGGAUCGUCGUCAUCAGAGUUGGAGCGGCUCGUCCGCUACAUCAGGGAGCUCAGCAUCAAGUCCGGCCGGAGGUCGAUUCAGAAUUAA